AUGUCUGGAAAACUCGACCAGUCUCUCGAUGAGAUCAUGAAGGACACCAACACCACCCGCGGCCCACGUCGCGGUCGCAACGGCCGCCUACCCAACCGCCGCGCGGCCACCAAGUCCAAGGCAGCCACCACUGCUGUCGUCGCACCAGCUGGCGGCAUCCAGAAGAAGACCAAAGCACCAAAGGCUGCCAAGGCACCCGCACCUGCGGUCGUUCCUCAGACCAACGGAGACAGCAAGAUCUCCGUCUCCAACCUGCCCGAGGAUGUGAAUGAGCGCAUGAUCAAGGAUUUCUUCAGCUCUUCGGUCGCCCCGGUCAAGAAGGUCAUCCUCAACUACGGACCCAACGGUCGCAGCCGUGGCUCGGCCACUGUUCUCUUCGGCAGGCCAACUGCGGCAGCCGAGGCUGUCAAGUUGGAUGGCACAAAGGUCGACGACCGCAACAUGAGGGUCGAGCUUCUCAUGGGAGCUAAGAGCGUCCCAGCCCCUAAGCCACCGAAGCCUCUCGCGGAGCGACUCCAACCCAAGAACGUCGUGAAGGAGGGCCAAAAGAAGAAGCAGAAGGACGCGCCUGCCAAGGCCACUGCCAACGGUGCAGGCAAAGCAGACAAGCCAAAGAAAGCAGGACGUGCUGGUCGGCCAAAGAAGAAGACGGCGGAGGAGUUGGACGCAGAGAUGCAGGACUACUUCGGCAGCGGCGAAGCAGCAGCCACCAACGGUGCCCCAGCUGCCAACGGUGGUGAUACCGGCAUGGAAGAGGUGGUUUAA